ACGAGCACUAGUAUCGCCGGUGAUUCAAUUACCGUACUGGAGCGAGGCUUCUCGCUGGAAUCUAGGGGUCCUUUGCUAUAGACGGCUCAGCCGUAGCCGUAGCCGUAGCCGUCGGUAUACGCAUUCGACCAUGGUUCCACUCCAGUCGGUCCGCACCGCCAUGUCCGCCCUGGCCCUGGCCCUGGCCCUACUCCUCCUCUCUCUCUUUCCCCUCCUCUCUCUCUCUCUACAUGACGACCACACUCCCAUCUCCCGCUUCCGCCACUACCUCUCCAUCAACACCGCCCACCCCGAACCUGACUACCCCUCUGCCGCCUCUUUCCUCACCUCCCAAGCCCUUUCCCUCUCCCUCCUCACCAAGACCCUCUAUUUUGCCCCCAAUAAACCCCUCCUCCUCUUCACAUGGCCCGGCUCCGAUCCUUCUCUCCCAUCCGUCCUCUUCAAUUCGCACAUAGACAGCGUCCCGGCCGAGGCCGAGAAGUGGGCUCACCCCCCCUUCUCCGCCACACGGGAUGCUCACGGCAACAUCUACGCCCGUGGCACUCAGGAUGACAAGUGCGUCGGCAUGCAAUACCUCGAGGCCGUGAGGAGGCUCAAGGCCAAAUCCUAUACACCUACGCGCACCAUUCACAUCUCAUUUGUCCCUGAUGAAGAGAUUGGGGGCUAUGAUGGCACGAUGAAGUUUGUUGAAUCAAAAGAAUUUGAGAGUUUGAAUGUUGGGUUUGUUUUGGAUGAGGGGCAGGCCUCGCCUGGGGAUGAGUACAGGGUGUUUUAUGCGGAUAGGUCACCAAUUGCAGUGAUUUUGAGGGCGGUGGGACCGCCUGGGCACGGCUCGAGGAUGUUUGAGAAUGGAGCGAUGGAGAACUUGAUGAAGAGUAUGGAGGUUGUGAGUGGUUUUAGAGAGGCGCAGUUUGAUAUAGUGAGGGCAGGGCUUGCGAUGAGGUCGGAGGUCAUCUCGGUGGCCCCGGUGUAUGUGAAGGCCGGCACUCCCAGCCCUACUGGCUUUGUUAUGAACCUGCAGCCAUCAGAAGUAGAGGCAGGUUAUGAUGUUCGGCUUCCACCUACUGCAGAUCCAGAGCUUUUAAGAUGGAGAAUCGCUAAUGAAUGGGCCCCGGCUACAAGAAACAUGACAUACGAGAUCAUUGUGAAAGGACCACUUCGGGACAAUGAAGGGCGGCCUUUGAUGACGGCAACAAACGGAUCCAACCCAUGGUGGUUGGUUUUCCAGCAGGCAAUCCAUGCAUGUGGAGGAAAACUUUCCAAGCCAGAAAUCUUGGCCUCAACAACUGAUACUCGUUUCAUGAGACAGAUGGGUAUACCCGCUCUUGGGUUUUCACCCAUGAUAAAUACACCCAUCCUACUUCACGAGCAUAAUGAGUUUUUGAAUGAGAACGUGUAUAUGAGGGGUAUUGAGGUAUAUGAAUCCGUGAUCAGUUCAUUGAGUUCUUAUACAGGAUAUACAUCUACCUGAGCUUCAUGCUCUCUGUUAAUGCUGAGCCUGGCCUAAAAAGGAGUAAUGCAUUGGGGAACCUACUCUGAAAAUAGAAAGGAGCAUGUGCAGAUUUGUGCUGGUUGAACCAGAGAUGGAGAUUAAAUUAUUGGCCCAUUCCACUGUUGUUUCCAAGUUAGGAUAUGGAAAAGAGUAAUGGAAUGCUUAAACGAUUCAGCUGUGUCAAGUGCCAUUAUCUUGAAAUGCCCACUUGACAGCUGGUUGUAACAUAGAAGACAAGAAUGUAAUUCAUUGACAUUUAGGUUUUGUGAACAUUGUCUAUUAUCCUCUGGUAUUCUCCUGAACGAUGUGUUAGAGAAAAAUAAACUGUGCUCUAUUCUCAAGUCAAGCUUGCUUUAUAAGAUUUCACUAAAUCCUGGAAUAAUUGUUGGCAUGACUUGGGAGUUGGGACAACUGUUGUUGAGCCAUGUUCUUACUUUUGGAGCAUGUUGGGGCUGCUUAUCUAUGCUGGAAGUUUAAUUUUAGCGAAAUAGAAAACAGAAAUUCAAGUCACUUUUAUGACUUGCACACCA